UCCGACACGAGAGAUAUCCUUUAGACCCAGCAAAGCUGGACGUAGCUGGCCGCGAUGAUUCGACCAGGCACCUCGCUGACCAAGCAGAAGCAGAAGCAGCGGGCCGCGCCCAAGGUGGCCCCCGGCAAGCGCGCCGAGUCCGCUAGGCCCACCCUCGAAGAGUUCCUCACCACCUGCGACUAUGUGGGCGCCAUCACCUUGUUGGAGUUCGAGCGGAAAGCCCGGGAGGACAGGCCAAGGCUGCUGAUGUGGCUGGCAUACAGUUACUUUCACAACGGCGACUACAAGAAGGCUUUGGAUGCAUACGACGACGCGAUGAGAAAAGAAAACAACCCCAGCAUUCACGUCUACAAAGCUUGCUGCCUCUACGCUUUGUGCCAGUACCAGGAGGCUGAGGAGGAGGCCAAAAAGGCGCCAGACAGCUCAUUGAAGACGCGAGUGCUCUUUCAAAGCGCCCACAAGCGCAACGAUGAGAGCGCCAUGAUGAUUCACCACCAGGCGCUGUCGGACUCCAAAGAAGACCAACUGUGUCUGGCUGCCAUCCAGUACCUCAGGAGUCACUUCCAGGAGGCCACGGAUAUUUACAAGCGCAUGCUGGUGGAAGAUCGCGAUGACCUGGCCUUGAACGUUUACAUCGCCUUCUGCUACUACAAGCUGGAUUACUAUGACGUGGCACUGGAAAUCCUGCAGAGCUAUUUGACCGCCAACCCGCAUUCGACUGUUGCAGUGAACCUUAAGGCUUGCAGUCACUACCAGCUCUACAACGGCAAGGCAGCGGAGGCGGAGCUUAAAGUUCUGCAGCAGGCGUCCAGCAGUGGGAACAUUUUCCAGGAGCACGACCUGCUGCAGCACAACUUGGUGGUUUUCAGAAAUGGGGAGAACGCCAUUCAGGUCUUGCCUCCGUUGCUGGACAUCAUCCCAGAGGCUCGCUUGAAUCUGGUGAUUUACCACCUGCGCUUGGGUGAGGCAGUGGAGGCGUACAACCUCAUCAAGGACUUGGAGCCCUCCAUGCCCAGGGAGUACAUCCUCAAGGGCGUGGUCUUUGCUGCCCUGGGUCAGGCCACCAACUCUCGCGAGCACCUCAAGUUGGCACAGCAGCUCUUUCAGCUGGUGGGCGCCUCCGCCUCCGAGUGCGACACCAUCCCAGGUCGACAAUGCAUGGCCUCCUGCUUCUUCCUUCUGCGGCAAUUCGAGGAUGUGCUGGUUUAUCUGAAGUCCAUCAAGGCCUAUUUCAGCAACGAUGACGACUUCAAUUGGAACUAUGGCCUGGCCUGUGCUGCCGCGGGGGAUUACCGGGAAGCAAAGGAUGCGCUUCUGCAGAUUCAGAACGAGAAGUACCGGUCUGAGUUCUGCUAUUUGAGCUGGCUGACCCGGUGCCACAUCAUGAGCAACGAGCCGGCGAGGGCUUGGGAAGCCUAUGUCCGCAUGGACACCAGCAACGAGUCCUUCAACCUGCUUCAUCUCAUUGCGAACGACUGCUACAAGAUGGGGCAGUUCUACUACGCGUGCAAGGCCUUCGACGUGCUGGAGAGAUUAGACCCGGAUCCGGAGUUCUGGGAAGGCAAGCGAGGCGCUGCGGUGGGCGUGUUCCAGAGAGUGGUGGCUGGUAAGGAGUCUACAGACAAGCUGCGGGAGGUGGUCCAGUUGCUCAGGGGCUCCUCCAAUCCACAGGUGGAGACGGUGACGUCAGUUAUCAAGAAGUGGGCCAAGGACAAUCGUGUGAAGGUCGAGUGAGCCCCCUUGGCCAGUUGCGUCUCAACGAAAGAUGCGACUGCCUUCGUCAGAAUAUCUGAUGUCAUAUGUGUAGCACGUCUUGCCUCGGACGAUUGGCCAGCAGGGAGGCAUGCUUGCAGAUUGCGUAGGCGUGGGCAGCUGGCAAAUCGUUUGUUGCAACUCGCUGGAUUUGUUUGUUGCAAGGCUCUUGAAUGGACUUGUAGAUUUGAUCUGUGUGAAUUAUAACAACCU